AUGGCCACGGUGUCUCCGUUCGCUCGCAGCAGUGCAUUUGAAGACUUCUCCAUCUCGGGGAGGCAGCAAACGAUUGAGGAGAUGUAUAGUGUCCCGGAAAGUUUCCUGGAGAUAGAGGUACGGAACCCGCAAACGCACGGGUUCGGUAGAAAGAUGUACACCGAUUAUGAGAUUGUCUGCAAGACCAACAUCCCCGCCUUUAAACUACGUCACUCCGUUGUCCGUAGGCGUUACUCUGAUUUCGAGGCCUUCCGUGAUAUCCUGGAACGCGAGUCCACGAGGGUUAACAUUCCACCUCUUCCUGGCAAGGUGUUCACCAAUCGUUUCUCAGAUGAGGUGAUCGAAAGCAGACGGGAGGGUCUGGAGAGAUUCCUCAGCAUCGUCGCUGGACAUCCGUUGUUACAGACAGGAAGCAAGGUCCUAUGUGCGUUUCUACAGGAUCCGGCUUGGGACAAGAACCAGUGGAUUUGA